GUUCAUCGAUUGUGGGAAACGGGCUGCGAGUUUGAAGAGCCUUGCGGAGAGCUUUGCUUUGGUGCGCUCUCGAGGCGAGCCCCGCCAAAUGGACAUUUAGAGAAAGAGAGAGAGAGUGGCGCAGAAGGCUGAGGAACGUCGCGGUAAGCGCUCUCGUGACAGUGGGCGCGAGGUUUUGCGAGCGAAGGGCAGGGUUCUGGGGAGUCCGGGCGUUUGGGCAUUUUUUGUCGACGAGGCUGCUCAGAGAGUGUUCUCCGAGAGCUGAGAUUUUGAUGUUCGCCGGGUAGGGCUGCGUUCAGCUCGGUGGUGCGUUGGUUCGACACUGUCGCGGUGCUUCUCCUGGAUUUGAGGGACAGGUGCCGGAAUGAAGAGUAGUAUUCUGAAGGUCUUUGGACUGGCUGCUUUGACGAGGAUAUAACGAGGACCGGCUUUUAUCGUGAGGUUUUCGUCUGGUCAGGUUUCAUCACAGGUUUUUGGGGGAGGGUGUCGGCGUCUUCGAAGAUGGAGGAAGAUCAAAUUGAUAAGGCCGUGUUAGCUUAUUUGAAAAAGAAAGGCUACCGAGCUGCGGAGCUCGCCUUCCAAGAUGAUCAGAACAAAGUGAAGCCGGCGUCCAGUCCCCAGUCGGCCGUUCCUAGUGCUCCUAUGGACCCUGUGAUCGCCAACCAAAUAUUCUUUUACUCCAGGUCUGAUAACAAUCCAGGGCGCUAUAAGGAAGGAUUCAGCAAGUUACGUUCGUGGGUCCACUCUUCUUUAGACCAGUACAAGAACGAGCUGCUGAGGAUACUUUAUCCUGUGUUCGUGCAUUCCUUCUUGGAGCUGGUUGCAAAAGGAUACUCACAAGAAGCUCGGGUGUUUUUUCAAACUUUUCGAGACGACCAUGAAGCUUUACACAUGAGAGAUCUGCAAAAACUCGAGGGUGUGCUUGCUCCUCAGCAUCUUGAGGAAACAGAACUUGCUCGCUCGUUCCGAGAAAAUAAAAUAGACAUCAAAAUGUGCCAGUACUCUUUUGAGUUGCUGUUGCAAUAUCUUCACAACACUGACUCGAUGUUGAUGCUUAGCAUCGUGAACGCACACAUCAACCUACAAGUUGUCCCCGGACAGCCUUCUCCAUUGUUCGAAGAAGAAGAGGCAGUGACGUUGACAGGGAAAGCACAAGAUGCAUUGGAGCUUAUCAACCAGAAAGAGAUUCGAUGGGGGGCUCUUGAAGAUUCUCUCGAAGAGAAGCUGGAGAAAGAACUGGCCGCUGAAGCAGAAAAGGCUGAAGCAGAGGGGAAAGAUGCAGAUGCGGACGAAAGCAAGAAGCGGACAGCAGAAGGGGGAAAACCUGGUGGUGCGGGGAAGAAGGUGAAGAAAGAGAAAACUGGCGGCGGCGGUGGCAAAGGAUCAAAGUCCGAAGCUACAGCUGUUGCUGUUAUUCCUCGAGUUAAGCCGGAGUUGCCAAUGCCUGUCAUGUCAGAAGAAUUAGAACGACAAGCUCUCGACGACCUUCGUAAUAGAGCUCGGCUGGGCAGCAGUGCCUUGCCCUCUGUGAGCUUUUAUACUUUUAUCAAUACACAUAAUAGCUUGAAUUGUGUUUCCAUAUCAGCAGAUGGAUCCCUGGUUGUUGGAGGUUUCUCGGACUCGUCAUUGAAGGUAUGGGAUAUGACCAAAAUUGGUGAAUCCGUGGCCCCCUCUGAAAACGGUACCGCCGGCGGGAAUGGAACUCCGACGAAAAGUCCAGGCGAGAACAUCAUGACAGGAACAGCAGUGGACAACAGCAAAACGUCUUAUACUCUAUUCAAAGGUCAUGCGGGGCCUGUUUAUGCAGCCAAUUUCAGCCCAGAUGGAGAGUACAUGCUUUCAGCUUCUGGAGAUCACACAUUAAGAUUGUGGAGUCUGAAGCUAAAUGCCAAUAUUUGCUGCUACAAAGGUCACAACUACCCUGUUUGGGAUGUGCAGUACUGUCCUGUUGGUCAUUACUUUGCAAGUGCUUCACAUGAUCGAACUGCACGUGUCUGGUCGAUGGAACGUAUGCAUCCUCUUCGAAUCAUGGCUGGACAUCUGUCUGACGUAGAUUGUGUUCAGUGGCAUGUCAAUUGUAAUUAUAUUGCUACGGGUUCCAGUGAUAAAACAGUGAGGUUAUGGGAUGUGCAAACGGGAGAGUGCAUGCGGAUCUUCACUGGGCAUCGCGGAAUGGUAUUGUCGUUGGCCAUGUCCCCUGAUGGUCGGUAUAUGGCCUCAGGGGAUGAGGAUGGAGCCAUUAUGAUGUGGGAUCUUGGAUCUGGUCGGUGCGUCCUGCCUCUAAUGGGUCACACUGGUUGUGUCUGGACUCUUGCCUUCAGUGGAGAAGGCUCUUUAUUAGCUUCAGGCUCGGCAGAUAGCACAGUAAGACUAUGGGACGUGAACGCUAGUACAAAAUUUUCACGUGCCGAAGACAAGGCUGGUUCAGUGAGACGAUUGCGGCUUUUGAAGACUCUUCCAACUAAAUCUACUCCUGUCUAUUCUCUUAAGUUUUCAAGACGGAAUCUCUUGUUAGCAGCCGGUGCAUUUACGCCACCGAACUCAUCUUGAGAAAAGCUCUGUUGUAACAACAUAAAGUGAUCAACUAGGUAGAAAUUUUUGUAACCAAACUUGUGAAGAAGUGCAUAAGAUUGAGCUUAGAUUUACUGGGUGCCGUUGUGUACAUAAUACUAGUAAGAAAGGCACCCGGUGAUGUAUAUCAACGGGAAAGCAUGUUCAGUAAGAUUCUUGUUAUGAACCAUGUAGUUUUGGGUCAGGAAGAUCAGCCCUUUUUGUCAUUUGACGACAAGAAAGCUAUUUAUCAGUCACGUCAUGAGCACAUUGAUUAGUUUUGCAGCAAGACUUGGAGAAUAGCAAUGAAGUAAUGGUAGUGCAGUAGCAUCUAAAUUUCAUAUCUUCUCCUGAUUGCUCUGUGUCCUGGUCAUGAGAAAGCAUAGUCAAUACCAAUCGGUGUUCUACAAACUCUUUAUAACCACUAUCAACGGCCCUCACGAUGGAUAGUGAACACGCUCAGAAAUUAAAUCACUUCUCCUUAGAAUUGCUAACCUUGACUUGAGAUUACGCUUCUUUCAGUCAAAGAGAUUGGAUUCCAUGAGUAGAUCACCUAAUACAGAAUAUCAACUGAAAAGUGCGUAGGGUACGACGACGAUCCUUGUCU